AUGGCGCCCACGAAACAAGAGCUCUCACUGCUCAUCAACCCGCUCGUCCCGGAGUCGGUGCAGCAUAAUAAUCGCGUCCUCUCAAACCUCCACUCCCUCACCUCCUUCCUCCUCGGCCUCACAGCAGGUAUCCUCGCCCUGCAAUCAGCAACCGGCUUCAUCUUCUACCUCCUCGGCACGGUCGUCGUCUCGGGUGUCUUUCACGCCGUGCUGCUUUCGCGAUCCGGGACCGGGGCAGGCGCGGGGGCGUUUUUCCCGGGUUCUACGCCGGGCGAGAUUGAGGGGAUUAAUGCGCGGGGUUUGAUCGGGAAGGGAAAUGGGAAGGAUGGAGUUACGGUGAAAAGGAAGGGCGCUUGGAGGGAUGUUUGGUUGGGGGGAGGCGUUUUUGGGGAGGCGCUUUCGGGGUUCGUCUUGGGGUGGGCCGGUGUUGGGGGGGUUUUGAGGUGA